ACUAGUCUGUGAAAGGAACAGAAAAAAAAAACAUUGAUACAAGUGUUUUAUUUUGUUUUUGAGUCUAAUUUAACUAUUUCAGACUGUGUAAAUAACUAUACAACCCAAAUACCAAGAUGUCUGAGAGGAAAGUUCUAAAUAAAUAUUAUCCACCUGAUUUUGAUCCCUCGAAAAUCCCUCGCAUGAAAUUGGCGAAGAAUCGCCAAUACACUGUUCGACUUAUGGCCCCUUUUAAUAUGCGAUGUGCGACUUGUGGAGAAUACAUUUACAAAGGCAAGAAAUUCAAUGCUCGAAAAGAAGAUGUUGAAAACGAAGAUUACCUCGGUAUUAGGAUAUACAGAUUUUACAUCAAAUGCACUAGAUGCUUGCAAGAAAUAUCAUUCAAAACAGAUCCAAAAAACACAGAUUAUGAAAUUGAAGCGGGUGCAACAAGGAAUUUUAUGGCUUUAAAGCUUGCUGAAGAACAAGCAAAGCGAGAAGAGGAGGAACAAAAAGAGGAAGAAGCAAACAAUCCUAUGAAAUUAUUAGAAUACAGAACAGAACAAUCUAGACAAGAAAUAGAACUAUUAGAAAGUCUUGAAGAGCUUAAAGAACUUAAUAGGCGUCAACGCACAGUGGAUUAUGAGGGUAUGCUCAAACAGUACCAACCUGAAACAGAACAGGAACGGAAGACGAGGGAAGAAAAAGAGGAUAAUGAUUUUAUUAAAUCUAUUAAAUUCGGGAGUUCGUCAACAAACAAAGUGGUUGCAGAGGAAAUUAUUGAAGAAGUAAAAGAAGAUGACGAGCCACCUUCUAAAAUAACAAAAAACGAAAUUACAACUAAGAUUCCAGAACGAAAGAAAAAAGAAUCAUGGAACAGAAGUAUUGGAGUUUUGACCAAAAAGCCUUUGUUGAAUAAUCUUGUCAAGAAAAAACAAGAAUCAACGCUCAAUACCACAGAUGAGAAAUCUGUAAGUAAACCUCAAAAUAAUCCCGAAAUUGUUUGUACAUCUAUAAAAAAUAAGAGUAAUGAAAGUGAGAAAAACAUUAAACCUGGUGCCAGUGGACUUUCUUUAUUAGCUAAUUAUUCAGGCAGUGACAGUGAUUCACAGUAAUGAAUUGAUGACAUAACAUAAGGAAUAUAAAUAAUGACAUGUAUAUAUUGUGUUAAUUUAUUAGGAUGUUAAUUAAAAUACAAAAUAAAUUUAUUAACAUUAU